AUGCCAGGGGUCUUGUACCCAAUAUUGCACCGGGCCUCUACUGAGCACAUUCACCGUCGAUGGAGACGCCACGAAAUGCCAGUGCUCCACUUCGGCGGCGGUCGGACCGGCGAGGGCGGGGAACGGCAUCAGGCUUGGAGCUGCACGCAGGCAGCCCCCCACGAGGUAGCCUGGGCUGGACCCAACAGGCCGCCCGUGUGGUCAGAGGCACCGACCACGGCGUCCUCAUUGUGGUGGGACUCGGCCGCUGUUUCGGCCAGCCCUCGCCGAGGCCGGCCCAUCACGUGCGCGCGCGAGCCCACUCCCAGCGGCGAGAGCGAGGAACGCGAAGGCUGCCAGCCGGAUCGCCGACUCGGCAUCCCAAACAUGACGGAGCUUGGCGCAAGUUAAGCCGUCGCCCAAAUGAUACGGUAGACCGUAAGCUCCUGCGGGGCAGAACAGAACU